UCAACCACACAUUGUAGACUUCGCCGACAUCAUGAUCUCUCUCUACUCUCUCCUGUAUACUCUGGUGCUGUUCUCCGAGCUGAGCGGCCUCUCCGUCACCGCAGCAAUGCCCGCAGCUAGCAGAGACAACAUGGCGGAGCAAGACGGCCUCGGCCUGUUGCUGAGGGAUGAGCCGAUGGCAGAGCGCGGCGUGGUUCCCCAAGUGUACAGACGAAGUGUGCAGGACAACAACGUGGAGGAUGAAGAGGAAAGUCCCAGAAUCAUCUUCGUCUCAGACAUGAUGCUGAAGGGACACGGCGUCCGAAGGCUGAAUCCAUUCUUUACUCGGAGCUUUCCUCUGCUCACAGACCAAAGCGCGAGCUACAAUCCAGCGGAGACAAGUUUAAAAAUCGACCGUAGAGACAACAAACUCGACGUGCUGCGGUGUAUGAUAGGCAGAGUGUACCGACCCUGCUGGGAGGUUUAAAUGGAUCAUCUCUAACCAACCGUCCUGCCACUUUCUCAUAAAAUGUGCUGUAAAUAAAAUAUUCCUCAUUGUGUGAAAAA